UUUUCACUCACAAAUAACACCGAAGCAAAGUUCGUGCAAAGAUGACAAGCUUUAGCAUCCUCAUGGUGAUAGCCCUAUCCUUCACUAGAGCACUCUCAGAACUAUGCAACCCACAAGACAAGCAAACCCUACUCCAAAUCAAGAAAGAGCUUGGCAACCCAACCCCCCUCUCCUCUUGGCACCCAACAACUGAUUGCUGCAACCACAGAUGGUCAGGUAUCUCAUGCGACACACGCACCAAAACAUACCGCAUCCACGAACUCCAUCUCAUCAACCUUAACCUCCCCAAACCCUACCCUAUUCCCUCCUCCAUCGGAAACCUUCCCUACUUGAACACCCUUAACUUUGACACCAUCCCCAACCUCGUUGGCCCCAUCCCCCCCUCCUUCGCCAAACUCACCUACCUCCAUUAUUUCUACAUCACUCACACCAACGUCUCCGGCCAGAUACCCCAUUUCUUGUCCCGAAUCAAAACCCUCGUCACCAUCCAAUUCUCCCACAACCAACUCUCUGGCACCCUCCCCGCUUCCCUCUCUUCUCUCCCUAACCUCGUACACCUAUCUAUUCUAAUCCCUUCUCACAAACGUCGCCGUGAGACUGAUAGACCCAUAACGCUAGUGAAUUUGGAAAUGGAAAUCCGAGUCGGAGAGACCGAAGAGAAUGUGGAGGUCCAAUUUGCGGAGAGGACGUUGAGUAUGUGUGUCGAUGAAAAUUGGGACCCUGUGGACCGUGGGACCGAGCGCGGUAAGGCAGUUUCUUUCUGGGAUGAAAAAUUUAACCACUCAGCUCAUAUCCGUGGGACCGAUUUGCUCGAUGGUGAUAAAGAUGAUCUAGAUAAGAUGAUUAUUUUUUCCAUCACCAAAGGAGUCGAGUCUUUGAAUAAUACAUGA